AUGAACUUUUGUGAGGCAAAUGGGGAUGUCUUGUACCAGAAAUGCAAUUCCUCCUUUACUUUGUCUACACAGGAGAGGGAAUGCAUUGAAACUUUUCUUUUGCAUGUUGGAACAUCGUCCACGGUAACUGACAACGAGUGUUGGGCCUUUAAAUUUCUUGCUGCCCGAAAGUUCAAUGUUCAAGAAGCUGUUGAAUUAUUUUACUCGUAUGAGGCUUUUCUAAGAUCUGAAGGUAUUACCACCGUAAAUCCUUUCGAUGAGAGUGUUCGAUCUGAACUUCUGUCCGGAAAAUUUACUGUUUUGAAUGAUAACGAUUUAUCUGGUGCCCGUGUUGCUCAAUUUUUUGUACGACUUCAUCGGCCGACUAGAAGUACUCAUAAAGCCUUCCUCCAGUCUGUUGUAUUUCAGUUGAAUGCUGCUCUUCGAAAAGAAACGGCAAUUCGAAACGGCAUAAUUCUUAUCUACGACAUGACAAACGCCAAAUACUCAAAUUUCGACGCUGAUUUAUCAAAGAAAUUGUUCAACAUGCUCAAAUCCUGCUACCCGAUCCGUUUGCGGCGGAUAAUAGUGUUGACGGCACCAUUUUGGUUUCGGGCCUCCUUCCACCUACUGAGGGUCUUUAUAAAGGAGGAGCUUAGAGACCGCGUACACGUGCUGCGUCCUCUGCCUGGCUCUCGCCUGGCCUCCCUCAGCAAUCCCGACCCUGCGGUCGCACAGAAAGCGCACUACGCUUGGCUUCUUACCGCCCUGUCUGAGACCGUAGCCAUCCCCGACGAGUUAUUUUCCACCCCGGGUCUCGGUACGCGUCAACCCUCAGCUGCCAUAUCGGCCUUUUUCCACGCCUCCAAUAAUGGCGGUGGAAGUGGGAGCACCAACAGCACAAUCGAUUGCUCUGGUCGCUCCUCCCCGUCUGCCAGCGACGCGGGCGACGAGGCAGCGAUGGUUGGGCCUCUGACUGAAGAUGAGGGAUUGAUGGCGGAGAUCGGUUGCUGUUCUCCCAACUGGGACCCCUUCGCCCUCUCCAGCUCCCAGUCCAGCGACGCUGAGUCCACUGGCCUCCCCGUGAACCCCGCUACUGGCUGUGCUGGUGCUGAUACCGACGGGAUUGCAGCGGCGAGGAACAACGUCAUGUCUAUGUCCUGCAGUCCUGUUCUCUCAGCCAUACCGAUCACCUCUAGCAUUAAUGGCGAGAUUCGCAACAUUAAGCCUCAAGCAGCCAAAAUGGGUCAGGAGCCCUUUCGCGACCCCGCAGGAACGCCCACACCCCCCGCCAUCCCCAAGUUUGGCAACCCCCUCAAUGGGGCCCGUGUUGACGGCGAUUUCGCUGCAACUCCCACUUCAGAAACCGCCCCCUCCACCACUGCAUGCACCGGCGCAAAGCACCUGCAUAGCUGUACCAGCAGAUCGAACCGCACACCGAGUGGGGGACAAUGGGUCGCACAGCAAGCGCCUCUCGCCUCUCAGGACGAUUUCACCGUCUCAGGUCUGGAGGACAGCACCAGCACUGACAGCAGCAAUACCAUUCGAAAUGAAAAGCGCUUGAAACAAACCACUGCCCCUCUCUCCACUCCAUCUUUUGCCACCGGUCUCGCUACAGUUCGUCCCUCUGAUCUUAUUCCCUCGUGGGCAUUGAAUCGUCCUACUGGCCCCUCCAUCCAAGUGGGUCCCCAUCGGGUGACUGGAGGGUUGCAGCAACCGAACAACGACCCGCAACCGGACAAGUUCUACUGUAUCGGUGAAGCCUCCUCUGCCACUCACUCAUCCCUUACCUCUCCUCGCCUGUGCUCCCGAGUUCUUCAAUCACCACCCACUCAGGUGGAGUCAGAUCCCACAAAGGCGCAGAUUGACAGGUUCUUUGAGGAUAGUGAUUCCGACAUUGACAAAGGCGACAGCAACGGCCAGAUCACGAAUGAGGCCCCUGGUGAUGAUGAGGUCGAUAAAGGUGACUAUGAUGAUGAUGACGAAGAAGAAGAAGCGGCGGAUUUAGACCUGGACGGCCUCUGGAUGACUAUUGAUCAGCUGGCUAGCCACGUGGCUGAGCUGGGUUUGGGUGGGCUAGUUGAGGAGUACUCGGCGAUGUGCAGCAUCAAAACCGACGAUCCCUGCACUGCCUUUCGACACCCGUGGAAUUCGUCAAAGAACCGCUAUGUGGACGUCGCCUGCCUGGAGCAUAGUCGGGCAGCGAAGGUAGAGAAGCAGGUGCCAAUUUAUAUCCACGCCAAUUGGGUGGACAGCUACCGCCAGCGGAAUGCCUUCAUCUGCACACAGGGCAAGUUGCACGUAUUUAGCAGCCCCCUACAAGAGACGGCUGGAGAUUUUUGGUGCAUGAUAUGGAAUUACAACGUUCCUGCCAUCGUAAUGAUCACCCGAUGCUAUGAGUCUCAACGUUGCAAAUGCUUCCAAUACUGGCCCCCUGUAGAGGGUCAGUCUCUGCGCUUCACGACAAUAUCCUCGAGUUCUAGCACCUUGGUGGUGCCAGGGACGAGUUGGGGUGGAGGUAAUAGCAGCGGAACUGUGGCCUCAAGCAAGAGGAAGCCUCACUCUGGUCGCCCACGCCGCUCUGCCAGUGAGGUGAGCAACUUCAGCAAAUUCGUCUUCGAGGUGGUCCACGUCGCCUCACAUCCUGGUAGCGACUACACUCGCACCAAGCUCCGACUCAAAGAAGUCAAAUCGGGUCAAAGUAGGAUUGUCAACCACUACGCCUUUCAUUCCUGGCCGGAUCAUGGGGUUCCAUCGGACAGUUCCGCUCUGCUAGAGCUGCUUGCCACCGUGCAGAUUGAGUACGCUGCAACCAUAAAUCGCGAACUAGGCUACACCAACGCCUACGACACCCCCAUCCCUCCUCCACCCAUUGUGGUCCACUGCAGCGCCGGCAUCGGGCGAACGGGUACCUUUAUUGCGCUGGAUGUGAGCACAAAGCAGUUGAUGGAGUUGGGAGUGGUUAACAUACCACUGACGGUGGCACGAAUUCGGUCACAGCGCUCGGGCUGCGUGCAGGUCUCGACGCAGUAUCUCUUCGUGUACCGCGCGCUAAUAGACUUCGCGCUGACGCACGGCCUUGUGGCUGCAGGGAUAGCGGAGGCGGCAGUGCAUCUGCUCACGACACCCGCGCGAACCCCGAUGCCCUCUCUUCUGCCAUUCUCGUCGGUGUCGUCACUGCCUAUGGAUGCCAGCCUCCUUUCUGUCCUUGCUACCGGCGUCGGCUCCAGUGACGCCACCGAUCCCGUGCUCUUUAGCACCCUUAUGCGCUGCCUCCACAACCAAAUGACCACUGGAGAAGUCGAGAACUCCAGCAAUCACCGCCUCUCCACGGAGCUCGACUACGAGACGGAGGAGAUGCACGAGGCAACAGAGGAAGCGGAGAGUGAUGAUGAGCCCAGACCGGCAGAAAUUCUCUCCAAAGAGGAGAUGGAUGAAAAGGAACCGGCGGCGAUUGGACCAGAGGUUGAUGUAGUAUCGUCAGUCGUGAAAGCGGCGGCAGGGCGACCGUCUGGCGAGGAGAUGGCGUCAGCGGCGGCAGCGGCGCCCGUCGUGGUGGGACUGGGAGAGUCCCCAGGGUUUUGA